UUAGAUCUCAAGAUCUAGUAUAUGCACACAUAAAUAUGUACAUUUAGGAAUUAUCAUCAACCCUUCUUUUGAAUCUUUUCUCUCUCUCUCUCUUUCUUUUCUUAUAAAGAAGCUGAUAAUUUAUAAUGCCAAUAGAGCAAGAUAGACACGUGGAUAUUGAAGGAGUAACUUCCAUUCACUUUAUACUUUUUAUCUAUCCUUUUCUGUAAUUAUUGGAGCUCUUCUUUUAUAUGUAUAGGAACACUUAUACAGGCUAUCAAAUAAUGUGUAUACGGAUCGUUCUCUGGUUGGUUAAAGACUCCGCCAGUUAAAACAAAAUUACAUUGCCAUUUUUUUUUCUUUUCUUUUUUUUUUAUUCUAUCCUUUAUAUUUUUAUAUAUAUAAUGUCCCGUCUUGACUCUGCAGCAGUUGUAGAAGAACUCCAGUCCUAUCGCUUGACAAAUGAGCGAAAAUCCGAACGUGUAGCUGCUCUUGGUGCCAGACUGAUUAGAGAAAAGCAAUUGUCCAAACUAGGAGAACAAGUCUGGCCCAUCUAUGAACAGAUCGCAGUUGCAGCAUUCGAUGUCGGAGACCUUGAAUUGGCCAAUCACUGCAUUGCUCAACUCAGAACCCGAUUCAAUGAAAAGUCACUUCGUUUCAAGCGUCUCACAGGCAUGAAACUAGAGGCAGAAGGAAAGCUUGGCCAGGCACAGGCAGUGUAUGACUCUAUCCUUGAACAAGACGAAACAAACAUGCUGGCUUCCAAACGUCAGAUUGCACUGUUCAAGGAAAGACGCAAAGAUCAAGAGGCUAUGGAGGCUCUGACAAAGUACCUUGAUACUUACUAUGACGAUCAUGAAGCAUGGUUGGAGCUGUGUCAUCUUUAUCUGUCAAAGCAUGCCUACGAACAGGCUGCAUUCUGCUGUGAGGAAUUGCUGUUACUCCAGCCUGGAAACCACAUCUUUCAUCUCAAAUAUGCCGAGAUAAUGUUCACAUUGCACAACUACCCAUUGGCCUUGAAACAGUACUGCAAAGUACUUGAGUUGUGCAAAGACCAUGUGCGAGCACUCUAUGGUCUUGAUUUAUGUGCUUCAAAACUAUUGGAAUCCAAGGACACAGAAUAUGCUCAGGAUCUCCACGCUCUUGCUAAGGAAAGAUUAUUGGAUGUUUAUUCUGCAAAAGGAACCAAUGAUACUUCCAAGGUAGUGCAAACCUAUCUAUCAAUGGUUUAAGCUGUAUAUCUAUAUCUAUCUAUAUAUAUAUUACAGUGAGGAGAGGGGAGAUUUUAGCCACACCAAAAUUUAAUAAUAAAUAUAAUAAAAUAUGAAAAUAAACAGCCUGUUUAAAUAU